AUGAAGGUGAAAUCAUCAAUACUGUUGAGCCUGCUCGGCUUAGCCUCACAGGCCCAGGCUGAUCCGACAUGGCCCUCGGACAUUGACGAGUUGGAGGAGAUCAUGUACCAGUCGUUCAAUUUCGGAUCGCGACACUUUGCCGACAACGUCUUCCCCUGCGCCAAGGAGGCAACGGGCACCGGCCGCCAAACUGCUGCAGAAUGGCUGCGAACCGCUUUUCACGAUAUGGCACCGGCCAACGCAGGGACAGGAGUUGGUGGGUUGGAUGCAUCUAUACAAUAUGAGCUGUCGAGCACCGGCGAGAAUACCGGCCCUGCCUUUUCGUCAACUCUGACCUUUAUGGGACAUUACUUGACCCGCAAAAGCAGCAUGUCGGAUCUCAUCGCUCUUGGAGUCUAUACUUCGGUCCUGUCGUGCGGCGGUCCCUCAGUUGCAAUCCGAUCCGGCCGCAUCGACGCAACCGUGAAAGGAGCCGCAGGCGUACCGCAGCCCAACGAAGUCAUCCAAGUUUUCAACUCGAAGUUUAAUCGCAUGGGAUUCACUCCACAAGAGAUGAUUCAAGUCACAGCUUGCGGCCAUACAAUUGGCGGCGUCCACACGGCCGAGAAUCCAACCAUCGUUCCAGACGGCACAAAUACCAACGGCUCCGCGCCCAUGGAUAGCUCAAACGGUGUCUUUGACAACAGAGUUGUGACCGAAUAUCUAGAUGGCACCACGCGGAACCCGCUUGUCAUCAAAAUGGGCACUGCUCGAGCCAGUAAUUCCGAUUUCGUCGUUUUCAGCUCCGACAAGAACGCCACCGUGAAGGCCAUGACCGACCUCGCAGUCUUCAAGUCUACCUGCAAGACCGUCUUCGAGAAGAUGAUCAACACCGUGCCAUCUGGUGUUACUCUCGGCGAUGCCAUCGCACCCUACACCGUCAAGCCGUCCCAGCUUCAGCUCUCCCUCACUUCGUCCACCAUCAUGACUCUUACAGGCUACAUUCGCGUCCGAACUACCGCCAUCACAGGCAUCUCGAGUCUGACGAUCAACUAUAAGAACCGGAGUGGCGGGUCUACCUGCGGUACUGGCUCCUGUGUCUUUACAAUCACCAUCUCGGGUAUUUCUAAGGGCUUGGAAGACAGCUUCUCCUGGUAUCCCAUCAGGCAGGAGAUUCCGGUCAGCACGGGCAUCUCGUCCUUUACUGUGACGAUCAACAAGAGCGAUGGCUCGAGCACAUUAUUUAACAACAAUGGCAACUGGUACCCGAUUCAGGACGGUAUCUUUCUCCAGACGUCCCAGAGCUGCUUAACGCAGAACUCUGGCGAUGUUACACUUGUCGCCGCAGUCCGCAACGACCGCACGUCUCUCCCGGUCAAGGCAGAAAUCUCUUACAAGACAGCGCGAACAAGCAGCGUGGUGCCCCUGCUAGGUAAGAUGACCGUCGACAUGGUCAAGGGUGAUUGUGUUGGCAGCUACACCUUUUACAGUGUCACCACGAACAUUCCUGGUGGCGUCAGUUUCGAGUCGACUUUUGACUUCAUCAGCGGAGAGGGCGCGUCCGCCAUGAUUGACCCGUUCAAGAAGGCCGACCCUAUCGGUGGGACAUGUUCGAGCUGGACGGGAGGGUCUCCGACAUGUGGCAGCGUCACAGUGUCGUCUUCUACGUCCAGCGCGGCUGCGACUGCUACGAUUUCACACAGACAGACCAUGGGCGGCUACAAGCUCGUCUCCUGCUGGACCGAGGCUUCUGGUGGCCGAGCUCUCAGCGGUGCCGCGUUCGCUUACGACGGCAUGACCCUCGACAGCUGCAUGGCAAACUGCACGGGGUUCGACUACUGGGGUACCGAAUACGGACGCGAAUGCUACUGCGGCAACUCUUUGGCUGCGUCUAGCAGUUCCGCACCGUUGGCCGAUUGCAGCAUGCAGUGCUCUGGUGAUUCUACCCAGUACUGCGGAGCCGGCAAUCGCAUUGAGCUCUACUCGACCACCGCCACCCGCACCAGCAGCUCCACGGCCGCUCCUACGGCUACUCUCGCACACAUCAACACCGUCGGCAAGUACUCACUCGUCGGCUGCCAGACGGAGGCCGAUGGUGGUCGCGCACUUUCUGCUGCCCAGACUGCUGCGGACGACAUGACUCUCGACAAGUGUGCUUCUUUCUGCUCCGACUAUACAUUCUUCGGCACUGAGUAUGGACGCGAAUGCUAUUGCGGUAACAGCCUGGCAGCAACCAGCAAGACUGCGCCCCUGAGCGAGUGUAACAUGAAGUGUGCUGGUAACUCGUACCAGUACUGCGGUGACGGCAACCGCCUGGAGCUGUACAAAUGUCUCAGCGGCGAGCGGAUCAUCGUCUUCUACUCUGAUAUCUGCAUCCUCUACUUCCAGCACCUCUUCGACCUCGUCGCCGGUGUCUACUUCAACAUCCUCAACCAGUGUCACGUCCUCCUCAAGCACCUCAUCGAGCAUUGUCUCAUCCUCCAGCAGCGCCGUCACUUCAUCGACAGCCUCGCCUUCGGCCUCAAGCACCGUCUCAACCUCAACAACCACAUCUCCGACGCUAGCUCACAGGCCUACCAUCUCGCCCUACACUCUGACUACAAGUACUUUGGCACUGAAUACAGCAGCGAAUGCUACUGCGGCAACACCCUCGCCUCCACGAGCGCCGCCGCCCCCCUGGCAGACUGCAGCAUGACCUGCAGCGGCAACAAGUACGAGUACUGCGGCGGCGGCAACCGCCUGACCCUCUACCAGUCCGACAAGCAGGUAACGGGCCCCAGCCAGCCCGCCACAGCCGGAGCCUAUGCUUUCCUCGGCUGCCGCACCGAACCCGCGCAGGGCGGACGCGCUCUGGAUGGGAAGGCUACGGCCAGCAGCGAUAAGAUGACCAACGAGGCGUGCGCGGCAUUCUGCGAUGGGUAUAGCUACUUCGGAACGGAGUACGGCGGCGAGUGCUACUGUGGUAAUUCCCUGCCGACGACGUCGCUUGAUGCCCCGUUGAGCGAUUGCAGUAUGCUGUGUACGGGUUCCAGCACAGAAUACUGCGGUAACGGCAAUCGUUUGUCAGUGUAUAAAAAGUGA